CGCUUCCGGCGGGGUCUCCAUGGCAACGGCCCAACAGCGGCGCCGGGCAGCGGGGCGAGGAAGAGGAAGGAGAGGAGGAAGAAGAGGAGGAUGGAGUGAGCCCCGCCGCGCCUGCCAGGGCCGCGGCGCCCCCGGGAGGGUCCGGCGAGUGCGGGGCGACGGGGUAGGGGGCGAGCGGGGAAAGGGGGCGAGCGGGGGGAGGAGGCGGGGGGCGCCCCGGACUCCCGUCCCCACCGCUGACACCGCUGGCCAGGCUGCCUGCAGGGACUGGUCGUAAUUCGUCAUCAUCAUCAGAAUAAUUGAUUUAUACUCUGGGCGGCUCCCAACAAAAUAUUAAAAACACGAUAAAAAAGAUCUGUAAGAGGAAAUUACUACCUAUUCGGGAUGAGUAUUGUAAUAACUUUAGGUAAUGAUAUAUCAAGAAUAGGAAAAGGUGAAAUGCAGUGAUGCAAAAUUUAAGUUUGUAAACCAUUAGGCGGGAGGGAGGGAAGUCCUUAGGCUCAGUUGAGCCACAGAGAUUUAAUAAGAGGAUAUGAUGUUACACAAUGUGAUUAUAUGUAAAACUAAUAAAAAUUAUUAUUUAAAAAACCUACUAUAAAAUAUCAGACAUUAAAAACUUCCCUAAACAGGGCUGCCUUCAGAUGUCUUCUAAAAGUCUGAUACUUGUUUAUUUCCUUGACAUCUGAUGGGAUGUCAUUCCAGCCGCUUCUCACAGGAAGAGAACCGUCAGAAGGCCCUUGGAUCUGGACCUCAGGGUCCAGACUGAACAAUGGGGGGUGGAGAUGCUCUUUUAGUUAUAUGAUUAUCAUUAUCAUUAUUAUUUUGACUUAUUAUUAGUUCAACCUCACCCGCAAUGGUGCACUCCCCUUUUGCCUCAAGGUGGUAUACACAUAAAUUAACAGCUACAAACGUAGAAGAAGCCCUUCCUCGAUGGGCUAGGAUGACCUUUGUGGUUCCUUCCAACUCUACAGUUCUAUGAUUCUUUGAAGAAAAACUCCCUCUCAAAAGCCAUCAAGCAUUAAUAGAAUUAAAACCAUGCAAAUAAUUACCAUGACAACAGCAUGCCGCCAGCCCUUUCCUUGAAAACAGUCUGUUCACAAAAGCCUCUUUGAAAAAGAAGGCCUUUGCCUGUGGGCGGAAGGACAGCAAGGAGGGAGCAGCCUGGCUCCUCUGGGCAGGGAGUUCCAAAGGCUGAUGGGAGUUGGAGUCCAACAGCAUCUGGAGGGCAGCACCAGGAUGGGGAAUGAUGGCCUGGCCCCCCAGGAGGCAGCGCCACAGCUGCCCCCACUCAGCUUGCGCAAGGGUUCUGUUAGGAGAGGUGCCACUUUGGGCAUGAGAAAUUCACCAGUAGGCUGAAGAAGCACCACCAUGGGCACCCCCAACGCCAGGCAUCCCCCCUGCAGCAGACUCCCUGCUCCCCCACCAAACAAGAACGCAACCAGCAGGUGGGCACCAGCUACUUAGGCAGCCGAGGCAGAAUGUCAGGCAUUGGAUUUGCAGGGCAACAUGUGCCAGCCAGUGAAGCUGAACGUUGGGUGAUUAUUCAGGACAGUUGGAAGGAAUUGCUUUAUCUGGAGCCAAAUUAAACUGGAAUUUACUCCAAAGGGGAUAGGGUGGCGGCCUCCAAUGUGGACAGCUUUAUAAACACCGCCCACGGCACCUGCAAAAUGUUGCUUUGUUUCUGUGUUUCAGGCUUAACCAAAGGACAUGGUGACUGACUUUGAUGAGAAACAUGAUCAACAUAUAGUAUUUCUUCAGCAUAGAAACAGGUAGGCCGAAGGAUGACCGGCAGGCCAGGAGAACAGAUUUUGGGGGCCCUGGCUAGGUCUGCAGCCUGCUGCCUCUUCAGAUAUGGCAGGAGGCUGGGCAAGGGCCAAUGAAUCCUGGCAGGUCAGAGGCUUUGUGGGUGAUGGGCCAGUUGCCUGCUCUGAAUGGGCUUGCACUUGAGCCAUCUUUGCUGCUAGAGGCUUGGGGCCUCUCUGGCUUUUAGCAGCUUUGAUGUGACAGCCGUGGUGAUUCCUGGGUGAAGACAUCCUAGUCAUGCUGUUCUAGGUAUUGACUCCAAGAGAAUUUGCACUAAUGGCCAAUAUGCUACCAGCCCAAAUUUAAGGUGUUACUGCGAGGGUAUGAAGCCCUAAACAACACGGGAGCAGCCUGUCUGAAGACCUUCUUUCUCCAUAUAUUCACACCUAUUUUUUGAGAUCUGCUGGAAAAGCAUUGCUUGACUGCCUCUUGUGAAUGGGACAUUCAUUCAUUCAUUCAAUUCGUAUAUAACCCUUUAUCCAAAGAUCCCAGGGCAGUGUGCAACAUUAAAAGCAUACGUAACAUGGCAUAAUGAAAAACAAGAAAACGAAAACCAUAGUAAUAGUCUCCACACUUUUAAAAGGCUGUAGAUUGUUUAAUGGCCAAAGGCCUGGGUAAAAAGCAGCACCUUAGGCUGGCAACCUCUGAGCCAGAUUCUUUCCUGGCAGGAUUUAUUUAUUCAAACAUUCUUGAUGUCAGCUUAAGACAAGUAGUAUAGAAAUGUAUGAAUGAAUGAAUCAAUCAAUCAAUCAAUCCUGUCAGGAAAGAAUCUGGCUCAGACCAUGAAGGUCUUCCUGCUUAGAUUUUCCUGCAAGAAUCCUCUACACAAACAGACUGCAGACAAGGAUGUGAACUUGGAGGUGGCAUUUGGAUAGCAUUUUUAAAGGCAGAAAACCAGCUUAUUGAUUUAAAAUAUCAAUAAACAACAGGUUUGUAGAAAAGCAAGCAGUAGCUUAGUAAACUCAACAGUCCAUCUUGGGGAUUCCCAGGAACUCCUCCUUCCAGGGCAAGGCUAUAUUGUCCUUAAAUCUAGCAGACCCUGCACUCUGAGCAGAGGCAGGUUUCAGCAGACUACUUCUCUCACUCGGUGCUCCCCCAAAUUUGGAUAAAUUUUGAUGGUAUUCCUCAGCUAUUUGUAGGAGGAGCUCCAUCAUGGCUUUGUGGAGACUUCUGCAUCACCACAGAAGUCGUCACGGUAGCAUUUUCUGUAGAGAGAACGUGAUCCUUGGAGAACCCUCAAAUCAGAAACUUGGUGUGCUGCAUAUUUUAGGAUAUUGAAAGAGCUCAGAAGAAAGGACCCUAUGCAGAUUAAGCUGGAGCAGCUGGAACAAGGGUUUAUUCUGUAUGUGAACGGAGCGAACUCAGAACUAACCAGCCACCGCAAGAAAGUCAACCCUCAGAACUUUUUCAGAAGUGGCACACGAACAGCAAGGGGAAACUGUGAGUUCCUUCGUGACAUAACUGUAUUGAAACACCACUGCACCAGGAGUAGGCAGAAAGUAAGCUGGUGGUCAUUUUCCAGUGUGCCACCUUGUAUCUGCUAGCCUUGAGAAUCCUUAAAUGAAGAAAACUUUGGGCAAGAGUGAAGGGUCUUUAGCAAGAGUGAAGGCUCAACACAGAAGUCAUCCCCCAGCUCUUAAGAGGUUCUCCUGAUCACACCACCUCAUUUGUGAAUUUGACACACAUUGGUGGACUUCAGGGAAUCUCUAGCUUUUUAGUAAAUCACCCAGACAAAAGCGGACUCCAUCUGCCUUGCAUCGUGCCACUGAAGGGUCGGUUUCUCUGUUUGGGCACACAGGCUUUCUGCCAUGUGCAGAGCCUAGAAUAGAAACCAGCUCAGGAAAGGCAUUUUGUUCUAGUUGACCCCACCCUCCCAUUUCAUCUACAGUAACUCUCCUCAAGUGACUUUAAUGCCUCCAAGAUGCUACAGCAUCAUCUCUGCCCCUUUGAGUCCCCAUUCUCAGGUCCUUCUACAGCUAACGAAAGCUGUGACGUGUGUGUGUGGUGAAGCAUAGAGUGAGAAAGGGGCAUAAGCUGCCAGGCUCACUGCCUGGUGUCCCAUACCUGCCAUUACCAGCGCUGCUCCCUGGUCAGCCGACACAGAAGGCAUUUUGGGAGAGGAAGGAAGCACCCAAAGCACUGCUGCUGCAUGCAACAUGGGCAGCCCUUGCCUGAUGUGCCCCUCCCCCUACAGUUUCUAAAUUCUAGGAACCUUCAGUGCAGCUGAGGAUACACCUGACCUGCAGCUCAAGAGCUGACAGAGCAGCGAGUCCCAGUAACUCACGGUGUGAGUCUUUCCCACAUUUGGAACCGUGUUCCUCUUUUUUAGCGGCAGCUAAAAAAGCCAAUGCAAUUCUGGGCUGCAUCAAUAGGAGUAUAGCAUCUAGAUCAAGGGAAGUAAUAGUGCCACUGUAUUCUGCUCUGGUCAGACCUCGCCUGGAGUACUGUGUCCAGUUCUGGGCACCACAGUUCAAGAAGGACACUGACAAACUGGAACGUGUCCAGAGGAGGGCAACCAAAAUGGUCAAAGGCCUGGAAACGAUGCCUUAUGAGGAACGGCUAAGGGAGCUGGGCAUGUUUAGCCUGGAGAAGAGGAGGUUAAGGGGUGAUAUGAUAGCCAUGUCCAAAUAUAUAAAAGGAUGUCACAUAGAGGAGGGAGAAAGGUUGUUUUCUGCUGCUCCAGAGAAGCGGACACGGAGCAAUGGAUCCAAACUACAAGAAAGAAGAUUCCACCUAAACAUUAGGAAGAACUUCCUGACAGUAAGAGCUGUUCGACAGUGGAAUUUGCUGCCAAGGAGUGUGGUGGAGUCUCCUUCUUUGGAGGUCUUUAAGCAGAGGCUUGACAACCAUAUGUCAGGAGUGCUCUGAUGGUGUUUCCUGCUUGGCAGGGGGUUGGACUCGAUGGCCCUUGUGGUCUCUUCCAACUCUAUGAUUCUAUGAUUCUGUCCUUAGGGCACACGAUAAUCUGUAGGAGAGUUUGUGUGUUGAAAGCCUUGCCUCGGGGCAAGGAAUGGCACUUGACAGCCUUUGAACCCUCCUUGUUCCAAGACUCAGCUCCAAAUUUCCUUUCAGGUUCCAGUUCGAGAGCCCUGUUACAAGACGACGACGACGACAACCUACAAGGGAGGAGCACGCAAAGUGCACCAAGUAAAAUCCAGCGCCGAGGGUGGCUCCAGGUAGGGAGGAGAAGGGUGCACACACUUUGCUCCUUGAUGGCCCCAGAUUCUGGUUGGGAAAAGUGGCAGAGCAGCUUUUAAAGUGAUCACUGGGGUGAGGGGAAAAGCCAGCAGGAGCCAAGGAGUGUCCCAUUUGGAACAAAUGUCCCUGGAGGAUGAAGAUGAAAAAAGACAGUUUCACUUGGGAAGUGUAGAGCUGGGCACUGAGUUUGUAGCCUAGUCCAAGACUGAUGCUCAACCUAACCAUUGCAGCACAUUAGCCCUACAUUGCAGGUUCACAUUGAGAGCCAGUGUGGUGUAGUAGUUAAGAGCGGUGGACUCGUAAUCUGGUGAACCGGGUUCGCGUCUCCACUCCUCCACCUGCAGCUGCUGGGUGACCUUGGGCUAGUCACACUUCUCUGAAGUCUCUCAGCCCCACUCACCUCACAGAGUGUUUGUUGCGGGGAGGAAGGGAAAGGAGAAUAUUAGCCGCUUUGAGACUCCUUAGGGUAGUGAUAAAGCGGGAUAUCAAAUCCUCCUCCUCCUCUUCUUCUUCUUCUUCUACACAUCAAGCCUUCUAGCCUGUUGGUUCGAUCCCGCUUAAGGGAUUCAGCUUGUUAACGUACGGCCGAAAGCAUGCAAGAGAAAGUGUGAAAACAAUGGUGGCCAUUAGACUGGAUUAAGACCAUUCCAGAGCCCAGAGGGUGCGAGGGCAGGCACAGAACACCAGCCAAAUAAUAGCUGGUGGGAUUACAAUGGAUACUUGCCAGCGUGAAGGCAGUAGCAGAUUCCUGUUUAUUCCUCAAAAGAGUCAAACUUAACACACACAAUGGGUUUUCCAUUUUCUAGAAAGCAGUGCAGAUCAAAACAGAAAGUGGAUCCAGACUCCAUGUCUCUCCUCCUUCAGAGUACUCUGAGGAUUUUGAACCUUAUGAAAGCCUAAGCUCGCAUUCAAGUGACUGUGAACAGGAUGACGCUCGCCAGGUAUGGGCCUUCACCAUUUUGCGAAAAGCAUCUUUUAUUAUCGAAGGUGAAACUCUAGCAGUAACACCAGGAAACGAUUCUCCCUUCCAAGAAGGGUCUUGCAUUGAUUUUUGUGCCUUGUUUCUUCUUAAGUUCAUCACACACACACACACACACAUUUGCACAUGUGUGUACACAUGCACAGACUCAAACUAGCCACCCAGCCAAGGAAUUUUAGCUUUUUCAAAUAUUUCUUUUUUUUUUAAUGAUAUUUAUUAAAGUUUCCAAUAAAAACAGAACACAGUAAAAGAAAAAAAGUAAAAAGAAAAAUACACAAUACAAAAAUGCACAAUACAAAAUACAAAAAAGAACAAAAGAAGAAACAUUAAAAACAAUACCACCUUUUCAUCACCACUUUUGAAUUUACUUAUUUUCUGGACCUCCUCGUACCUCCCUCUUUUGUAUUCCAGUUCAAUUUGUUUGUCCAGCAAUUUCUUUCCCUUUUUUUUAAUCCCAAUCCUUAAUCUUAAUAUGGUAUAACAUUAAAUUCUUAUCUAUUAAUAACCAAUUUUCCAUUCUUUUAAACUUUUUAUGCCUAAUCCUUAAUCUUAGUCUAUAUAUAACUUUAACGCCUGUACAGUUAGAAACCACUUAAUUUCAAUCCAUCAUCACUCUAACAUUCUUUGAUUUUGCAAUGUUUCUGUAAAUAAUCUUUAAAUUUCUUCCAAUCUUCUUCCACCGACUCUUCUCCCUGGUCACGGGGUCUUUCGCAGGAAGGUGAUGUCUCCAGCAAAACCUCUGAAUCCAUUGUGGGUCUUGCAUUCAUGAGCAGCAACACCAGCAGUUGCAUGUGUCAUGAGGAUCCACUGCUUUACCUUUGUGCUGAUUUGUUUUUGAUUUGUGCUAAACUGUGGUCUGCAACUUUAAACAAUAUUUAAGGUAACUGUAAAAAAUCCAUAUUAGGGCAGUAGCUGCAUUAGGCUCACCAGAAUGUCAAAAUAGCGUGCAAGCUUAAAAGUUCUCCUCUUUGUCAGAUUUGAUGGCAAACAAAGCAGGAGUGGUGGAGGAGGGAAAAAGCUGGAUGAUCAGUGUCUCUAGGUGGAAUGUGGAAAGAAGCAGGAGACAUUCCAAGGAGGCCUGUCAGAUGCUGUACAGGUUUCAGGUUGCAGCUAUGGAAGAAGGAACAUGUCGCAGGGAACCUGUAUCAUUUGCUGGUGCUCUGUGAAGAACACCAAGCUUGCACAAGAUGUUGUACCUCUAACUUCCUCCCCUCUCACCAGUUUUUGCAAGUGUGGUGUUUUUUCUCCCUGACAGAAACUGCCUCCAAGAUGCUUACCUUGCCCUGCAGAGUGUCGGAAAUGAAGUCUGGUGGAUGUUGGCAAGCAUCCCCAGGGUUUGCUCUUGGCAAUUUGCCUCUCCUAAGCAGAGAAGCAUCAGGAAGCUUAUUUACUGCUUCUUCUCUGUCUGUUUCCAGAGCCUCAAAUCUCCAGAAAGCACAGUCCCCAGUGGCUAUAUCUUCUCCGUUCCAAGGGCAGAACAAAGUAUGAGCAAUUAUGCUGAAAAGGAACAGUUGCUUCUCAGCAUGGAGGACAUGAAGGUAGCCUUGGGUUGGCCUGGUGGGCAGCAUCUCCAGAACCCUGACAAGAUGAAUCAAAAGCUCUGCUGGACUUGGGCAGGAGCUCUUCAUAGGUGCCCCCUCCCUGACAAUGACAGCCCCUCCUUGAUCCCCUGUUGGAAAAGAGAGAGGGGUCUUUCUCCCUCAAUAGCCUUUGGUUUUUCUCUUACUGCACAACCCUAGGUCUGUUUACUGCAAGUGUUCCAUCAGGCUUAUGGCUUGGCAAACGUGUUUAGGGUUGCAGUCAUAGUCUCCCUCAUCUGCAUGCUGUCCUAUUUAUUGACAGCCUUUUGACCUGUAUCAUUCUCUGAAGGAUACCCUAAAUGGCUGUGGCAGGGAGGGGUCCCAGGUAUAGAAACCUUCAUCAGGGGGCCCUGCCUGCUGCUUAGGGUCCUCAACCUGCAGGGUGCUUGGAUCAUCCUCUGAGGACUCUGUGUCGGGUCACAGGCCAGGGCUCGGCAAGACUCAUCCCUCUUGUUCAGUCAAAAAGUCUCCCAGAGUGACUUUGCAAUGAUCACUGGUAAGACAGUCCUCUGAGGCUGAGUCUAAACAACAAAAUACACAAGGAAAAAGGGAUGAAGAAAUAAACAAGCUCUGGUAGAACAAGGGGUGCAGAGAACUGAGGAUUUGAGCUUCAUUCUGCAAGCUGUGCUUUCUUUUGGCUGGGUGACUCAUCUGAGUUCUCCUAGCUGUGAUUCUGGGUGUUCCUGGGACCUGCCUAGAGCUAACAGCUCCCAGCAACAGCCGCUGCCUCCUGAUGGCCCGACUUGGAUUCACCCUGCACCUCUUCAUUGUCGCAGCAUGUUGGAUACGGAAGGGGAUUUAUAGCAGAAUCUUACAUACGUCAACCCAGAGCAGAGUCACAUUGAGUUUACUGAGGUUUUCUGCAAGGUAAAUGGAUACCAGGUAGCAGCCUUGAUUUGGAUCCUUUUUUUAUUGUGAGAUUUUCAACCUGGCUCUCUGGAAUUUUGUGGCAGGAACUCCGGCAGAACUUGGAGUUCAGCGUGAAUCAGAAGAGGAUGGAGGAAGAUUGCUCGGAAGGGGAGACCUCUGACUCUGUGGAGGAGGACGUGCCUGCAGGGGCCUCGGAGGCGGAGGAGCCCCUUGAGUCUUCUGGAGAAGGCACUGGGCUUCUCCUCAGCAACGCAGGAGACUCCCCAGCAGCAGCAGCUGCGCCCACCUCUCUCCUUGUGCUGGAAUUCAAGCCCAACUGCCAAAGUAAGUCCAGAGGGGGCUAACUGCCUGCCUUGGACCAGAGAGGAAAGAGAGAGUGUAUUUUGUGUUGCUUGUAGAGAAUUCUGCCAAUCUCCCUUUCCCUUUUUGUGUCUGGUCUGUGGAUGUGCUGGUGGAAGGUGAUGUGCCGGCAUUAGCCUUGUUUUCCACCACUCCCACUCUCUCAUGGUACCAAAAUAGGCAGCGUCUGAGAAGCAGUGGCCUCCCGUGUACCUUUGGGAGCGCCCGAUUGCCUUUGCCUCUUCCACUCCCCAUGAGCACGUGCUGCCUUUCCUCAAGGAAGCCAGCCUGGGCAUCACUUCUGUUUGUCUUUCCGUAGACAUGAAGAAAGAGCGGAGCCUCUCUGCAAAAAGAAAGGGCAGCGCUGAGACCUACGUCCCCACCAAGCCUGGUAGCCAAGUGGCUCGGCCGCUCUCCGCUGGGUGCCUGCACCAGGAGGAUCAGGAACAGACCCCCUCCAGUAAGGGAGAUGGCGAUUGUUUCACUGCAAUGCCUGAAGGAUCGGGGGGGGGGUGCAGAGACUGCAGGAGGGGCCUGCCGUGAGGAUGAAAAGGGACCACAGGCAGGUCCUGUUGCCUCGCAGGGGCCCAGCUGGGUCUGCUGCUUGCUUGCAUUCAUGCUCUCGUUGUCAUGUGUCACCAUCUCGCUGGGGAGCCCAUUGGGAUCUCAUUAGUGAGGCACACAAAGCCUUCCUUGCAGAGAGAAGAGAAGAAAGGGAGUGUGACUUGGGCAUGCCUCUUGGCAGUCGAUUGACGUCUUUCUCUUGUGGCAUAGCAUUUUCAAGCAUUGCGCGGCACGGAUGUAGAACCCCCAAGAGCACGCCAGUGUUUGGGAAGACUGGCUUGCAAAGCAGCCACCAGCCCUCAGAAGUCGCCAUCUUUCUCAAAUCUGACUUCAGAUUGUUCUCCACAAACAGCCCUUCACAGGUUUCUUGGCUGCACAUGUUUCUCCGGCUCUUUCUGCCUUUCUCUUUCUCAGAGAGCUCAGCUUUCAAAUAUGCUCCAGCAGCCCUGUCAUCAGAGAAAUGCCUCUUGACUCUGCCUCUCUCUACAGCUUGCAAACUCCUCAAAAGGCUACUCUGUUUACUUUCUUCCCUCUUUGCUGUGUCCCUCCUUUUCGGCUGAAUCCUUACUUCUCGAGCGGCUGCCCUGCCUUCCUCCUCCUCCUCCUCCUCCUCCUCCUCCUCCUCCAUGCUGGUUUUUCUUCUUCCCCUGAGCUGCUGUCUGUUCCUUCAUGCCUUCUCUGCCUCUUCCUUGGCAGGUUUUCCUCCCCACUUGGCGGAAAUGGCACAGGGCCCUGACUGUCCUCUUCUCCCUCUGCUGCUCAGACCUGAGUGGAGCCACCUCAGCUCUUUGCUCUAUGUCUGGAGUCACAUCCUUGCACCCAGCAGAUUGUUAGUUUAGGGGAAAUGGCAGGAGCUGGGCGGCAGCUGCUUUGACCUCUCUGACAUCCUUGUGGGGCUGGAGGCUUGUGCCCGGGAGAAGGGUCCCUAUCCAGCCCUGGGUGGUGCAUAGGAGAGCCCUGGGUUUCCUUACUGUGCAUCACAUACAAGACAUGGCCCCUCUUCCUCCUGUGGCACAGGAGCCCUUUCAGCCUUAGCCUGGGCAGGACUCACUUGCGCUUUGAGAAAAUGGUCAGAAAGUCUUUUCUGCUUCUUUUGGGCACCAGGGCCAAUCAGCCGAUCCGAAAGGCCUCUCUCAGCCACCCGGAAGAACGUGUGUGAGAAAAAGGACCCUGUGCUCUCGGCUUCUGUGGUCCUGAAGGCGGUGCAGACAGAAAACGAGACCCUCCAGAAGGAGCUUCUCUGCAGGCAGCUGCAGGCUGGGCCCCUGAGGGCUGAGCUGGAGCCAGCCGCUUCUGCUGAGGUCAGUAGCAGAAGCCGUCUCUCUCCCCACCAAGUGAGUUGGCGCUCCCUGUGUACACCCACCCCACCCUUGCCCUGCCCAUUGCAAGCUUUCUCUGCUGACAGAUAAACUGCCAGUGCCACGCUGAGGACUGCAAACCCCUUCCCAGCUGCUGAGGGCAGCCCUGGAAGAGUUUGUACGACUGGCGCUUUCGUGGCAAUGGAGAGCAAGCUCCUCCCGCUGCCUGAUCCCGAAUGUAGUCAGCUGGGGGGGGCGCCAAUGGUUCCCUCUGUGACUUAGCAAAAGGAAGGGGUUGUUUGGAAAACAAGAGGGGCAGUUCCUUGGGCUGGGGGACAGGAGAGGCAAAAUAGUUUAUCAAAAGCGAAAGUUUGAACAGUCAAAAGUGGCUUCAUCCACUGCAUGGGAAUAGGAGGAUGCAGAGGUAAAUUUAGGGCAACGCCGCUGGGCAUGAAAUGCAUUUGCUUCUACCAGCAGAUGUGCUAAAGUGGCAGUGAUUUGGGGCAGCAGCUGGGGAGAGAAGCCACCUGUUUCCUUGCGCUGUCUCUGCCUGCCUGUUGCCAGCCACUGCCACGGAGUCACACUUGAUUUCAAAAGAGGAAACUCUCUCGAAACGAGGAGGCUGCUAAAAAGGCAGAGUCAAGAGGGCCAAGUCACUGGAAUUGCUCGGGAGUUGUAUAAAAGCUCAACUGGAGAGUGUAGUGCAGAUCAGGAAAGGCAGCUCCAGGGCCAAGAGGAUGCCAGCAUGGUUAGCAGGCAGAGGCAAAGAAGCCCUCAGAGACAGAAGUCUUGUCCAAAUGAGAAGAACCAAAAGCAACACAAACUUUGCUCCCCCCCCAAAAGUGCAAGCAGAGAGGGCGGGAUCAUAGAAUUGUAGAAUUGUAGAGUAGGAAAAGACCCCAAAGGUCUAACUCCCUGCAGUGCAGGAAUCUUAACUAAAGCAUCGCUGACAAAUGGCCAUCCAACCUCUGCUUAAAAACCUCCAAGGAAGGAGAGGCCACCACCUCCCAAGGGAGACUGUUCCACAGUCAAACAGCUCUUACUGUCAUAAAGUUUUUCUGAUGUUUAGUCAGAAUCUCCUUUCUUGCAACUUGAAUACAUGGGUUCGAGUCCUACCCUCCAGAGCAGCAGAAAACAAGUUUGCUCCAUCUUCCAUAUUACAGCCCUUGAGAUAUUUGAAGAUUGCAAUCAUAUCUCUUCUCAGUCUCCUCUUUUCCAGGCUAAACCUACACAGCUCCCUCAACUGUUCCUCAUCAGGCUUGGUUUCCAGACCCUUGGUCAUUUUAGUUGCCCUCCUCUGCUUGUCCCUCUGCCCUCCAGCUUGCCAACUUCCUUCUUAAAUUAUGGUGCCCAAAAUUGGACACAGUAUUCCAGGUGUGGUCUGACCAAGGCAGAAUAGAGUGGGACUAUGACUUCCCUUGAUCUGGACACCACCUCCUAUCGAUGCAGCCUAGAACUGCAUUAGCUUCUUUUGCUCCUGCAUCACACUGUUGACUCAUGUUAAGCUUUUGAUCCACCAAGACCCCUAGAUCCUUUUCACAUGUACCGCUAGUAAUCCAGGUGUCCCCCAUCUUUUAUUUGUGCAUCUGGUUCUUCCUGCCUAAGUGCAGAACCUUACCUUUGUCCCUAUUGAAAUUCAUGUUGUUGGCUUGCACCCAGUUCUCCAAUCUGUUAAGGUCAUUUUGAGUUCAGCUUCUGUGGCAUUGUCUGUUUGGUGACAUCUGCAAAUUUGAUGAGCAUCCCCUCUUGCAAGCCUGAGCUCAUUCUUGGCUGCUUGUGUACACUCCUUGUUUGUGAUUUCCCCUUUCUUCCAUUUCUUAUACAUUCCCUUCUUACCUCUCAACUCAUCUGUAAAACGUGCCUCUCACUUUUCUUUGUUGCUGUGAUUGUCUGCCUUUGUGCCUUCAGUAUUUCAUCUUUAAGAAACUCCCAUCCAUCUUGGACUCUCUUUUCUUUGAGUAUUUCUUUUUCUUUCUUUUUUUUUUAAAAAAAGAUUUUAUUAAAGUCUUUUCAUAAUACAAUAAGAUAAAAUAAACUAAAUAAAAACAAAAACAGAGAAAGAGAAAAGGAAACAGAAAAAGAAAAAGAAAAAAGAGAACAGAAAAAAGAAGAAAAAUAAAUGUCCAGGAAAAUCUGGACGUAUGGCAACCCUAGUGUAGAGACUAGUGUGGAGUUCUCUACAGGGCCAGCCCCACCAGCAGGUGCAGUGAAGCAGUUGCCUGAGGUUGCAGUUGCUGGGUGGCAGAGAGCAGCGUUGCAGGAGGGCGCUUGCCCUUCUAUCCUUGAGCUAGUCUCUGCCCUCCAGUGUGGUGGAGAGCUGCUGUCCUGUUGCCAUUGUUGAAGAAGGGUUCAGCGCCCAUCCAGCUGGCUCCUGUCUGCUAUCUUGGGAGGGAGGGCCACAUUGCCCUUAACCUCAGGCAGCCCACAAGAGGGAGGAAGCGCCACAUUUCAACUGCCAGGCUCCUGGGUGAUCCAUACAUGAAGGGAGUGUCUCCCUGAACCCUCUAAAGAUGAACAGCGGUGCACAUAUGACUGCCAAGUGACUCCCAAGCGCCCUGCAAAUGCAUGGCCAGGUUGUCGUCCCAGAUACUUUGGCCUAAGCUUGUUCUGGAGCUCCCAGAGGGGGUGUUGGCAGCCCCGUGACCUGUUGUGUUUGCGUUUCCCCCCUCGCAGCUGCUGUCGCCUUUGCCACCUGCAUCUGCAACAAAUGAGCCUCCUCAAAAGCUGCAGGAGGGAAGCGUCGUCUCCACGGCCAUGGAGAGGAUUGGGCACCUAGGAAACAGGUGGCUGUGUGGGUUUAUUUUGAAUCCUUUUCCAGGGGCAAUUCGGAGCCAAGCGGGGGGAGGGGGUUUGGUAUGUGCAAGCAAGCACCCAGGUCCAAAUGGAUCCCCAUGCCUUCCCCUGUCUCUGCUGGGUCUCCUUGUCUUCCUAUCCAUGUUGAAGAAGCGCCGGCUCACGAGGUGAUGGCAUUGGUGCCAUUGUGAGGGCCUCAUCCAGGAUGUGUAGACGGGGGGUAGAGGUUGCGGUCCAUUGUGGGGCCAAUUCUGAGGUUGAGGUGAGGUGCUGGGGCCAUUGGCUCUCCUUCCCGAAUGCCUGGCAAGAGAGGGGUGUCUGGGGACUGGGCUCAGCACACUGGCAAUGGUUGCACAUGGAAGUGUCUGGGCCCAGAAUGCCUGCAAGUGGGGAACACGGUGUCAUACUCGAGGGGGACACAUUCCUAACUGCUCCUAAACAAAGAUUAUCCUGGAACAGACCUGGAGUUUCAGGCCAGUUUGCUAACUCUUGAGAGCAUUUCCAAUCUUUGGCAAGGUAGCCCAGAUCUUGCCCGUCCUCAGCCAAGUCAGCGGAGCUGCACCUCAUUCUCCGGUGGUCCAGGUCUUUGCCUGAAGGUUCUGGCUGUGCAGCGAUCAGGGCAGGAGCCGAGUUGGGCCUUCAGUUGUCCGUCUCGGGACUUCCUGCCAGAGUCUGGCCUGUGACUGUUCUGCUCCCUAUUUCAGGCAACAGAAGAAGCUUCUGAAAGUGCUGCAAGAGAUUGAGAGCCAGUCUUCCUGCCGCAGCUCACCAGUGCUGGUAGGGAAGGAGGCUUUUACAGCUGUGCCAUUGAGUCAUCCUCUUCCCCAGGCCCUAUAGAAAUCAGUAGUGGAAGUGAAAUGACCUCAGGUGGGAUGAAGGCCCCAGUAGCUCUAGGCAGAUGGGCCACGCCAGGGUUGGGAUGGCAGGCUCAAUACCGGAUCCCUUGGCAUGGCUGCGCAAUUUGCUCUGUGCGUGGCAUAGGGCAGAGGAGCCAUGUGGCAAGGCCCUUUCUCCUCGCCUUCCUGCUGCUCCCCUUGGGGCAUCAGCGUCUGUGGUGGCGGCUGCUCAGUUUUCACCCUCCUAGGGCCAGCUGGAAUUGGAGAGGGAGGUCCGGGAUGCCAUCUACAUCACUGUGGAGAUCCUCUCCAACUGGGGCAACGCCAGCAGGGUGGGCCUGACGGAAGUGGAGUUCUUUGAUCUGCACCACGCCAAAGUGUUUGUGUCUCCUCACGACGUGGACAUCCGGCACGCCGACAUGCCAGGAGAGCUGGGCUGCCUGGUCAACAGGAACUCCAAGGUAGGCUCUGCCUGCAGGAUCCAGGGCUCACCUGCCUUUCCAGGGCAGUGCGAUGCCCCUCCUCCAUUUCAGCAAAUGCCCUGUGGGGGGUUUCAAACAGCACCUGCCUCCGGGGUUCUCCUGGUUCAACUCCUCAGGACAGAGAGUGUGUCAUGCAGCGUAUCUCAGCCCCCUCCUCAGAAACACCAGACUUGUUCCGAUCUCAUUCACAGCUUCCUUGCUUUUUGUCCCUGGGUGGACUGUGAUCCACGCGGCGGUCAUCUCCUUACGGGUCUUCGCCGCAGAAUCACAUUCACCCGGUUUUAUAUCAACUGUACUGGCUCCCGCUGGAGUACAGGGUCAGGUUUAAGAUGCUGGUUAUAGCCUUUAAAGCCCUAUACGGCCUAGGACCCUCGUACAUACGGGACCGCCUCUCCUGGUAUGUCCCACAGAGGACCUGACGGUCUUCAAAUAAAAACAUCUUGGAGAUCCUGGGCCACAGAGAGGUUAGGCUGGCCUCGGCCAGAGCCAGGGCUUCUUCGGCCGUGGCCCCGAUCUGGUAGAACGCUCUGUCACAAGAGACUAGGGCCCUGCGGGACUUGACAUCUUUCCGCAGGGCCUGCAAGACAGAGCUGUUCCGCCAGGCCUUUGGCCAAGGCACAGUCUGACCCUCUCUUUCCUUCUGUAAUCCUCAUAGAACUCUAACCCAAUGGUUGCCAUUAAUUUGAUUGUGAAUUGAUUUUAGAAUGUAUUUUAAUGAAUUGACUGUGUGAUUUUAUGUACACUGUGCUAUUUUUACUUGUUGUUAGCCGCUCUGAGCCCAGCUUUGGCCGGGGAGGCCGGGAUACAAAUAAAUUAUUAUUAUUAUUAUUAUUAUUAUUAUUAUUAUUAUUAGCAUUAGUUUCCCUCUGCUCAGCUUGUUGCAAGGAGUGGCUAGGAUGAGCCUCCAUAGGGGAGGCUGCGGCUGCUCUUGGGGGGGGGGUAGCUUUGAGGCCUGGCCGGGGGGGGGGGGAGUUGCACUAGCUUUGCUGCAUUCCAUGCCAGGGCCCUCUUACCCAUGAAGGUCAAAGUGCGCAGGUGGGGGGAGCAGGAUCAAAAGGAGCUGGCAGGCAAGGAGAAGGAAGUUGAAGAGGCCUCUGUUUGUUUGAGAAACAGGCAGGCGUCUUUCAUCACUUGAAGCAUGGAUAUUUCUUUAAGGCUUUAAAAACAUUUAAAUGUGUACUGUUCUGUGCCCGACAACUCAGUCUGCAUGAGAAAAGUUUGCCGUCCAGAAGGGAGGUGGUCAGAAAUGCCUGUCACUCUUGAAGGUCCCGCCUGCUAAUCUGCAAGUCGGUGUCCUGUUGGGAUCCUGGCAAGCUGCAAAGCUGAUUUACUUUGAUUAGAACAAGCCCCCCCCCCCGUGGGUUUGACCCAGGCAGCGGCUCUCUGGAGCUGCAGGGAGGCUGCUGCUUGCUCUCCCCGAGGCAAGCCUGGCUUCCCCCAGGAGCAGGUGGGCAUGCGGCUCUUGCCCUCCUCUGGCCUCCCCUUCUGCUCUCCAAGCUGCAGCAGCAGCAGCAGCCGGGCUCCUUCCUUCCCAGCCAUCUGCUGCGAGGGUUUGCUUCCGUGUCUCCUAGGUCAGCAAAGAGCGCUUCCCCUGGACGUGCCUCUUCCAGCCUCCAGUGCAGCUGUACUUCGUGGUCCGAAAUCCCAGCUUGUCUGAUGACUUUGGUCUGUCCCAGAUCAGGAUUUGGAAUUACAGCACCCCUGUGCCUAGUGUAAGUGAUGACUUUGGUCUUGGGCACCUUGGGGUGUGGCAUGUGCUGUUCUCGGCUGUUAUUCCAUUAGCCUUGGAGAGAGGGGAGGGGUGUUGUUUUUGCCACUGCUUCCAUUCUAAGCUGCAGAAAUGCUUGGAUGACGCCUUCAAAACAAGACUUGCCCUUGAGGCUGCAUCGUGAGAAUUUCCAAACAACAAAAAGAGCCUGCAGAGUUUUGGACAGUCCUUUUCCAUUUUGAAUUGGCUUUUGGGCAUGAUCAGAAAGAAAGAGAGAAGUUACUAGGAUAUCAUGCAGUAGGGGAAAAAAUGCCUUGGGAACUGCUGUUGCUGCUGCUACCAAGUGGGGCCUGCAACAGACAGUUGCAGUAUGGAGUGCUCCUGAUCCGGGUUCUAGCAUGCCUGCCCUGCCUCCUCUCAGGACACUCCAUUUCUUAGGCACAUGGUUUUCCUUUCCCUCCCCCAAUAGGCAGACAUUGUUCUGUGAUCUCUCCACAGGCUGAGUCCUCCAUGGGCCGCUUUUUCAGUCUUUUUGCCCCAUUCAGUUUCUUCUCGUACUCAAUACUUUUUUCCUAAACCUUGACGAUCCAGCUGGUCUUUGGUUGUACACUAAGCCUCCGUUUGCAAGGCUGCUGGCAAAUGUGGUGCACAGCCAAAGCCACCCCCACAGCAGAUGGCAACCGCUUCAUGGUUCUGGAAAUUCGCUGUGAGAAUUGCUCAGAGAGCCUGCUGGGAUGAUUUGUUCAGAAUGGCUCCAGGUACUGAGCGAAAGAGGAUUUUCUAUUCUGGAUUAUAGAUGAGCUAAGCCUUAUCCUCCAUGACUCAUUCUCAUCUGUCCUGUCAGAGAGGCAGUACUCAUAUGGCAGCACAAAUAGAAGGGAAAUGGGGAAGCCGAGAGCAAAGAGGGAGGCCUCAUACAGCUUUUAAAGCAGAUCAGAAGCAACCCCUCUUUCCCCUGGGAGAUAGGUAGCAGGAGGGCAGUUUGCUUGCUGGUCUUCUUGGGGGUCAGGUGCUUGCCUGGUGUAAUUCCAGGGGCUUGAGAACAGGUCCUUAAGUCCAGGCUCUGACGGGAAGAAAAAUUGUCCAAGCCAAAAUGGAGCAAUUGUGAGGGUUAGCAGGGAUGGCUCACCUGUGGUCCUCCAGGUGUUCAUGGACCCGACUCCCAUCGUUCUUGACCAUUGGCUUCACUGGCUGGGAAUGAUGGGAGCUAAGACUCCAACAACAUCUGAGCAGUCACAGGUUGGCCAUCCCUGGUUUAAGGAAAUGGAGAGAAGCACAGAAGCUUCAGAAAACCAGCCUCAAGGCAUGAGUAGGUAUUGGUCUUAUCCCAGGGUAACACUAAACUGCAUGCAGGGGAUCUGUGGCCCUCCAGAUGUUGUUGACCUGCAACCUCCAUCACCCUUGAUGGGCCUUUGACCGUAUAAAUAAAUCUGACCUUACCAUAGUCCUCCUCUGUCGGCCACGCCAGCUGGGGCUGAUGACAUUUGGAAUGCAGCAACAUCAAGAGGGCAUCGGGUGCCCCAUCAUCCCUGCACCGAAUUGUGUUUUAGCAUCACAAGAACAAGCUGCAGCAACUUUGUGCUCUCAUUCUCCCUCUGCACUUCUGACGUGGCACAUGGAGGAGUUCAGAGCUUUUGCUUGCCUUUUACAUUAACAGCCGUUUAGUGUGUUAUCUCAACCCAGACACUGGGGCUGACUUUGAUUUAUUAAAGCAAACCAACUUCAAUCCAUAAGCUUUAGCUUAACCACAGUUUAUGGCUUGGGCAACACGCUAAACUGCAGCUAAUCUAAAGUGGAAGAGGAACUCCCUCUUCCUUCCCCACAGCCCCACCUGGUGGCCGGUGGGAGCACAUGACUCUGAGGCUGGCACAGGCUCUCUCUUGUAACACUAAACCGGGGUCAGCAAACCUUUUCAGCAGGGGGCUGCUCCACUGUCCCUCAGACCUUGGGGGGGGGCGGACUAUGUUUGGGGGGUGGGGAAUGAACGAAUUCCUAUGCCCCACAAAUAACCCAGAGAUGCAUUUUAAAUUAAAGGACACAUUCUACUCAUGUAAAAACAUGCUGAUUCCUGGACCGUCUGCGGGCCAGAUUUAGAAGGCAAUUGGGCUGGAUCCGGCCCUGGGCCUUUGUUUGCCUAUCCAUGCACUAAACCAUGGUUUAGUGUUAUGCCUGAACACAACCAAUUCCUCAACGCCUACAGGUUUAACUGUGAGGAAGAUACUGGCACCCCUUCACAUGUGUCAGAGCUGAAGUGCUUCGCAUAUGUUUUUAGCUUGCUGCUGACUGUCUCUCUUCACAUCUUAUGAAUUGGGCUCCUUUGGGAAGGCAUGAAAUGAAAACCACUGACUUUUGCUUGGCUCCCAGACCGAGGUCCUCCUUUUGUUUUUCUGUGUGUUUUCAGAAUCUUGACAUUGGAGCAAGAAACAUCAUUGUCUAUGUGGAUGGAAACCUUGUAUUUGCUGGUGAACUUCAAAAGGGCUGUGGAAACGAGGGUGCCAAUGGCAGCAGCUGCACCACCAUUGAGCUCCCAGAAAGUUGCUCCAUUCCUGGGAAGGGGAGGGAAGGAAGGGGCUGGGGCGCGGCAGACUGGAGCCACGAGCCAGGCAGGGGGCUGUUGAAUCUGAAGCCUCCCUUGGGGGAAAAUUGCUCCAAGGAAAAGGACAGCUCUCUUGGCCUGGUUAAGUUGAAGCAAGAUCUCCAAGAAGCACCUGGCUCACUUUCCAGGGGAAAUGUCCGUAGCCCCCUCUCGCCAGAGACCAUGGAGCCCGCUCAUUCCGACGACGAUCUUUCUCUGAGUGAACAAAUGGAAAAACUCUCUGGAAGGAAACUGUCUCAGCUGCCUGGUGUAGAACUGCCCUGCAUCCUGCCCACUUCCGAGGCCAAAGAAAAGAGCCGGGUCUGCUCACCUAAGCAAAACCCAUUCCCCUGGCUUGAAUCACAGCGAGCCCAGCUGCCCGCCGAGACCAUCGGGAGGGGCUGCCUUGGAACAAGCGACAGGAGCCCCCACCCCUGCCCAGAUGAUCUAGAGAGAUCCCACCUUGAGUCUGCGGAGGGGAAGCUGCUGGCAGGCGCCAGGAAAGAGUCGGCCACCGGCUUGGACUUCCUGAGUCCCCUGCCCAGCAAGUGCAACUAUGCGGCCGACCUGCUGCUUCCUGGGCGAAGCCUGGGAGGCCACGGAAGGGAAGAGUUUGGCCAUGCCAUCUUCACGGAGGAAGCUCCUCUGGACAUAGGUAAGAACUGAUCCCCAGCCAGCUUCCCUUAGGUGUCCAGUCGGGUCAUCUGGUUUUCUGGGGGACCUUCUUGGACAGCGAGCACUUGCCUGCUGGCCACAAAGGGGAAGUGUGGGGUGGUGCCCCCAUCCACAACUUUUUCCUUGGGCACAAUUCACCCACACAGUCUCCUUGGGAUGCCUUGAAGGAGAGGCUGUUUAUUAUCACACAGCGAGCACUGGAGGUGGAAGUGACUCCCUUGGCAGGUGAAGGAAACCCCCCUCCCCUCGCAGUUUCCCCACCCUUCAGCUGCCCUCGCUAACUGCCGGGCCCAGAGAGCCCGCACCCCGUCUUCCUGGUGGAGCUGGGGACUAUUCAGACCCUUUCAGCUUGGCAGCUGCGGUGGAUGGAGAAGUUGCCGCAGGAGUGCUGCUUCUCGGAGGGGCUCUGCCAGGCAUGGAAUGCCGCCAUGGAUCCUGGGGCUGGGGGUGGAUGGGCCUCCCUCCCUCCCUCGCCUGGGUGGUUCGGGGCUCUGGUUGGCCAUGCUGUGAUGCUCUUGCUCCCCUCCCCUCAGAGCUUGAAGCUCUGUCUACUCUUGCAGUCUGGUUCUCAGUGGGCAGCCCCACCUGGCUGUUCUGGGCUGCCCUUAGGUGGGUCUCAUUGGGAGCUGGUGCCUUUGUUGCUAGACUAAAUAGCACUUCUUCGGGGGGAGCAAGGGGGCGGUAGAAAGAUGCUCAGCCACUAAAGCCGCAGUAUAUACUGUACACGUUUACUUGGGAGUAAGUUCUACUGAGCAUGGAGGGGGGACUUGCCUCUGAGAAAACAUAUAUGCAAUUGUUCAUUGCUAGAGCUCUGGAGCAGCGCAGAAGAAAAGAGCUCAGGUGCAGGGAGAGCUUCAUCUCUUCACUGCCUGUGUUUUUUCAGGGCCAGGUUGGUUUCCCCAGGCCAGGUGCUCAAACUUCCUGCCUUCCUUCUUUUCCUAACUUCAGGAGUUCGUCUCCUGCCAUGGGCUGUCCUUUCGUCUUCUAAGAAGCAGCCCUUUCUAUAUCCUGCUUGGGGCUGUGCUGGGGAGCUUGCAGGAUGGGGCUCAGCUCUGAGUCACAUGGAGCUGUAGCAUUUCUCAGGAGGGAGCAGCAGUCUGCGAAGUAUGUAAGAGCAAUUUGUAACCGGAGGUCUUAAACCCGCCCCCACUGCUUCAUUUUCUCUGCUUAAAUCCUAAUUGUUUUGUUCAGGGAUGUAUUUUAUCUGAAACAGAUCUUUUAAUAAGAUUCUGUUCUCUUGUAAGGAAUUGAGACCCACAGGUCCUGGGCGCAUCCCGUCAGCAGAUGUGGGGAUGUGGCCAUACGAGAACAAAUUGACGUCUCUGCCUGGCUUGUAUCAGUGGCGCGUAAAGCUUACAUUAUUGGAUUUCCUGCCUUUUUGCUACAUCUCUUAAAACCUCAUUUCACAACAAAGCCGUGUGCCAACUGUGUCAUGCGUCAGGGACGCCUUGGCCUGAGCCGAGUCACGCGCGGACUCUUCUUCCCGGGGGUGGUGUGGGUCCAGCCCUCAGAAACGUUGUAAAAAGUGACACCUCUGAACAUCCUCUAAACUGGGAUGGAGAGCCUGUAGCCCUCCAGGUGUGACUGGAGCCCAUCUCCCAGCAGCCAGCAUGCACAGUGGUCAGGGAGGGAUUGUAGUUGGUGAAAGACCAUCAUGUGCAGAAACGCUCCAGCAGCACCUUGAGGCCGGAAUGGGAGAAAACUCCCCCCUGACAUCCUGCAGAGGCCCAGCCAGUCCAAGGGGCCAGUUCUCAGCUGGGUGGGCCUGGCUCAGCGUAAGGCAGGUUCCUGCGUUCCUACAGCGGGAGCUGCCUUCCAGCUCCAUCUAGAGGACAAUGGGUUCCCCUGAUUUAAACUGUACAGCUUACUUGCCAUGAAGCUCAGGCUUGAGAAACGUUACUCCACUUUGAUAUUUGGUGUCCAUACGCUUUGGAGAGUCUCAGUUGUAGGAGUCCAGCUCAGUCUGGCUCAGAGCCCCCCUCUCCUUUGGGGUCCCCCUCAUCUAAGGGUGCGUGAGCUCCCUUGGUCCACAGAGGCAGAUCUUUCCACGGGCCUCUUCUCAGCAGAGCAGCAGGGCCCUCCUGCCCCGGGCUGAGCUGGGCCGGAGCACCCCCUCGCGGCCUCUGCAGGAAGGUCCAGCCCAGCAGGCACCAGAGGCGCUCUCUGUUUCUCCCUCCUUCCAGGUGAGGCUCUGCUGGCGAAGGGCAACGCCACACGGCCUUCCCGGGCAAAGUGGGGCAGUUCCCAGGAGCAAGUUCUGCAGGAGUCCUGGAACUCUCUGCUGAAGUUCAACCACUUGCACCACGGCCGAAUCUCCAACAUGGACUUCCAAGGGGACAUUUUUGACGAGUUUCUCCACCAGCAGAAAAUCAGCCGGCAAGGAGACCAGAAGCUGCGGGCAAAGGAGAGCGGGCAGGGACUGGCCAGGCGCCAGGAAGGGGAGGGCUGCUUGGACCUGGAGGACGGGGGCGACUUCCAAAUCCCCGUCCUGCCUUUUGGGCAGCGCUUGAGAAUCGACAUCCGCUCCACCUGGGGGGACAGGCACUACGUGGGCCUUAACGGGCUGGAGCUCUUCAGCUCCAAAGGGGAGCCCAUCCAGGUUGCCAAAAUCACAGCCAACCCCCCCGAUAUCAACAUCUUGCCCUCCUACGGCCAAGAUCCGCGAGUGGCCAGCAAUUUGCUGGACGGGGUGAACCGGACUCAGGACGACAUGCACCUCUGGCUGGCUCCCUUCACCCCUGGGAAAUCCCACUGCAUCUCCCUGGACUUUGCCAAGGCGUGCGAGGUGGCCAUGAUCCGCAUCUGGAAUUACAACAAGUCUCGCAUCCACUCCUUCCGGGGCGCAAAGGACGUCACCAUGCUGCUGGACGAGCAGUGCAUCUUCAGAGGGGAGAUUGCCAAGGCUUCUGGGACCCUGGCUGGAGGUGCGGGGGAGGCUUUUAAGUUUCUGCUUCUAAUGAUGCCUUGCAGAGAAAGCAAGAGGAGCUGGCUCCCAGUCCUGCUCACGCGCCCAGCCCCUUCCCUCAGCUGUUACUGGUCUUGGACCAGGAAGUGCUUAGUUCUGGGAAGAGAUGCGCUGGGAACAGAGAGGGCCAGGGGGAGGGAAGGCCAGGCUGCAUGCCCUUCUCCCGAAGGCAGAGCUUGGCCUUAGCUCCAAGACAAAGGAGAGAUGAGGGGGGGAAGCCCAGAGUUUCCCCUGCCCCACCCCCCUUCUUGAAACUGAUUUAUUUUGGUUUGAUUUUAACCUUAUUUUGUGCUUUUAUCCUGAAUUUUAUGUUGUGAACCACCCUGAGAUCUUUGGAUGAAGGGGCGGUAUAUAAAUCUAAUAAAUAAUAGUAAUAGCUUGAAAGCAGGCUGUUCGUGCCUGUGCUCAGCCCUUCUGCCCUUCUGGAGAGGUGCCCCAGCAAGAUCUCACCUCUCAUAUCCUUUUGUCCCUUUGCUUUUGUUUCUUGCUGAUGAUUUAAACAGCCCCAAACCCAUCACCAGCCUCAGAAGCAGUGCUUCUCCUCAGGGGGUGCCCCAGGGUACGCAGUCCGGGCACAGGACCCAAUAUGAAGUGCCACUACAGCCUCUCCUGGGCUGCCUUCCUGGUCUGGAUGUUGUGGGGCUGGAGGGACGGGGAGCAGUGUCUGUGACCUUCCUAUUGGCUUGCAGAAGAGGGAGGAGGAGGGGGCGGUUUUAGCGCUUGGGCUGCUGACUUGAGUUGUGUCGUCACCAUAGAGUUGACAAUGUUUCAGCUCCAGAGCAGUUUGGAGACACCAUCCUGUUCACCACGGACGACGACAUCCUGGAGGCCAUUUUCUGUUACGACGAGUCCUACGACGAGGAGGCAGAAGGCGCCUGCAGCCUGAGGUACGAGGAAGAGCUGAAGAGGCCGAGAACUGCGGAUGGGGAGGGGGACGAGAGACCCUUCACGCAGGCAGGCUCACGGACGGAAGACAGACAGGUAAAGUUGCCUGUCGUGAAAAGGCUGGCUGGGGGAAAGGUGGUGCAGAGGCUCAGUCUAGAAGAUAAAAUUCAGGCGAUAAACUGAAUGUGUCAGAAACUGAUCUCUAACCCAAGCAGGGAGCUUUGGCUGGGAAGGAGCUUUCUGCUUUGGUUCUUGGCACCCCUCAUGGGGAGGGGGGUGGAUAACCUGGCCUCCUGUGCUGCAGAGAAAGGGGACAUGGGCCAGGAAAUGGUGGGUCUGUGCCCUGCAAGUUCCUCCCCAAAGAGCUCCUGCCAUAGGGGAACAGGCGGCCUUUGCUUCUGUUGAACACUAGAGAACAAUAAACGUUGCUCUAACCUAACCUGUUUCCGUUUUAGGGCUGGAUGCAGACGGCUGUGCCAGAUUCUGUCCCUGAGAUGGUGACCAAGGAACCAGGUGUCUAUACUGGGAAGUGUAAGUCUGACUCUGCACACACGGCUCCUGCCACCUUCUCUCAACGGUUCCACCGUGUUUGCUGCCAUGCUCCGCAGAAUGGUGCCCCUUUGCCUCCAGCCUCGCCUCUGGCUUCUCCCCCUCCUCACUUGGGGGGGGGGCGGAGGCUUUUAGUGCCCUCUGUCCUCAGCUUUCCUUCUUCCAGGAGGCACCUCAAGCCUGCUUCGAUGCCUCUGGACCCUUUAUCUAGGGUUGUGCAUAUGUGGCCUUGACAGUUGCUGUAGCUGCAGCAGCUCCAACUCUGGGCCUCUUCCUUAUAGACCUUUCUCCUGGUGGCUCACUGCCUGUCUGCCUUUGUUUAGGCCUUCUGCUGAAUUUCACCGCUUCUUGGGGAGACGCUCACUACCUUGGACUGACAGGGCUGGAAGUGGUAGGAAAGGAGGGCCAAGCCAUCCCCUUUUCUCUGGAUCAGCUCUCUGCCUCUCCACAGGACCUGAACGAACUUGCAGAGUACACAGAUGACUGCAGGACCUUAGAUAAGUGAGUAUCUCUGCAGGCUGCCAGGACAGGAGAGAAAACGGGUGUGGGUGUGGGUGUGUGUCGCUGUCUCUUCUUCCGUCAGAGUGCUUCCGGAAGGGGUUCCUGGGGUCCAAGAGAAGUGCCACGGACACAUGGCUUGCCCUAAGGAAGGCUCUCUGGCAAGGCUGGAGGCGGGGAGCAUGCUGCAGAAGACUGCCCUGUGCCUUGGGCACAUUAUUUAAAACAUUCCUGCCCUGGCCCAUCUAAUUGUCACACAAAUGGUUCAGGCUGAGUAACAGAGCUGGUGGGUCUUGAGAUUGGGGCAGGGCCUGCAAACUGUAACCAUGGAAGGGACUCCCCAAGUAAACUUGGGGGUGUGAGGGGAGGGUUCUUUGUGCGGUAUGGAAGGCCUUUUUGUGGCAGUGGCUGGAAGCUUGUGGUCUUCCUGGAGACAGGAGAGAUGCCGUGGGCCUCCUCCGUGGCCCAGGAAUAGCAAACACCCUUUUCAAAGGCCGAAAAGCUCAGCCAACUCCUGUGAGUUUGCAAAUUGGGGGAAAACAAACCACCACAGGGAGGAGGUGGUGUGGUGUGAUUUCUUUUUUCUUUUUAAAUAAUAUUUAUUGCUUUUAAAAAUUACAAAAAAGUAGAAAAAAGAGAGAAGAGACCAAAAAGAAAAGAGAAAAAAAAACAAGAAAAAAGAAAAAGAAAAACAAUACAAUAUAUAAACAAUACAAACCCACCCUAAACCCAUUAAGCUAAGCACAUAAACAAAGCAAAACAAAAACAAUUUAAAAACAUCUCUCCUUUUCCAUACUCUGUCCUUCAUUCCCUUGUUUCCUCGACUUCCUCACACCUCCCUUCUUGUAUCCCACUUCUAGUACUUGUUUCAGCAAAUCCUUUCCAUCUUUCUCUAUUUUCUGUCAUAUUAUAAAUAACAUAUUCUUUAACCUUUUUCCCCAUUAAAGGUAAAUUACUUAUAGACACCCAACUUCUUAUAGCAUUUCUUCUAAAUCCAUAAAAUAUCAUUCCACCAUUUUUCUAACAGUCAUUACUUUAACAGAAUUUCUAAAUAAACACUUUAAAUUUUCCAGUAAUCUUUCACUAUCUCCUCUCCCUGGCUUCGGAUUCUGCCAGUCCUUUCCGUCAGUUCCAUAUAAUCCAUCAACCUGGUGUCCUUAUAUCCGAGGCUCUUAAAUCUCUUCCAAGUCCCUUCUGCAGGUCUUCUUCAUAUUCUUUGAUGCUCAGGAGCAAAUCUCGGAAAACUCCAGCCUAGCAAUACUUUUGUUCCUUCUGGACAGUUCAGCCAAAUUUCCAAAGUUAAAAAUAAAGUCCAUAGAGUGUUUCAGAACGUAUUUCAAGAUUCCUCCAAUUCUAGCGACCCCCAAAACUUCAAGCUCCUCCAAACCCAAGUCCAUGUCCCAAAAGUCAGUCAAUCCCUAGAUAGAGAGUUCUUUCCAAUUUUCCUUCUUCAAUCCAAGCCGGGAUCCUAGCCUCAAAAUUUGACUUUUGCUAGAUUCAGUCAUGAAAGACCUCAAUUUGUAAUCCUCAAUUUGCUUCUGAGAAAUUAAAGAUCCCGCUUGUACUACUUUUAGUUUCACAUCAUCAGCUUUCUCCUUUUUCUCCAACAUUUUCACAUCAUCCUGGAUUGUUUCUGUAUUGACACUCACUUUUUGACUCAAAUUAAUCACGUUCUGUUCCAAGUUGUCAAUUUUAGAGAUCGUAUCAUCUGUCUUUUUAUGGAGCUGUUCCAGCGAGUAGUUUAUCUUGUAUAAUACAGUCACAAUAGCUUCUCCUAUCAACAUUUUGAAUAGUCCAAGGUCAGACUCUAGUUUUCAGAAUCUUAUCUUGCAGCUGGAGAUCUCCCUGUUGCACUCCUGUAACAGUUUCACAUGCUCCCUCUAGAGGGAAACAGUCUCCGUUUGUAUCAAUUCUUUCAAGCACGACUCAAACAAAUAACAAUAGUUUCAAUUUUCGGUUACUUUUUCCUCCAUUUUUAAACGCAGAAGAGGACAAUGGAAACAGUGCCUUUCUUAUUUUAGCUAGCUGUCAAAUCCGUUCUGUCAAUAAACAUUCCCGAACGUCAUCUGGCAGCCCUUUUCCAGGUUCAGAGCAGUGGCAAUUUGAUUUUCACUCUCUUCUGCAGGCACACUAGAUCCAAAACUUCCCCCCUCUUCUCCUGCUUCCAAGAGGGGUUAUAUAUUUUUUGUCCGGUGGGAAUUUAAUCCUUUAUCAAAAGCUUCCAAAGACUUUAGCUUGUAACGUCUUUGCUUCAAUCUAUUUACAAGACGGGAGGCGGACUUCCUGUUUAGAGCCUUCCCGCUUCGGCGCCAAAUUAAAGUGUUUCAAGAUCCAAUUUUCCGUUCUACUCACGGGUAGUCGUUUAAAAUCCAAUUGUCCACAGGAAAAAGUCAGCGCUCUCCGGCAACAGCAAUGCGGCUUCACUCUGUGAAAGAAGCAGUCGAUUCAAAGCACCGCGCCACUCACCCCACGUCGCUCCGGAUCCCCAAAACAGGGUUUCCCCGUGAGUAGGGGAGGCGCAAAGGGUGCCAGCCGAAUCCCAGGUUCACAGGCUUCUCCGCCUGUGAUUUCUAUGGGUCUCCGCCUUCACCGUGGCGGUCAGACCCUGCUUUUCACGGAGCAAGCUCCUCCCGAUCGGAGGAGCUCCGCCAUUGCUGGAGGCGCCAACCCGGAAGUCGGUGUGGUGUGUUUUCAGUUGUAAUUAUAGCGUGCUUAGGAGCCAGCAGAUGGCAAGUGAAGCUGGCCAAAUUGAAAUUUGGGCAAAAAUCAGACUCGAGAGAUUUGCCAAAAAUAAGAAGAACCCUCUGGAGCGAGCUUCUCUCUGCCAUCUCCAUUUUGGGUUCCUCCCCCCCCUUAACAUUUUUAUGCAGAGCAGUCCUCUGUCUUCCUCGUAAACGAAGUUAAAAAAGUGAUGACUUCUUCUUAUGUUAUUAGUAUUAGUAUUAUUUGUAGCCUGCCCAUCUAUCUGGGUUGUCCCAGCCACUCUGAGCGACUUAUUCAAAAUAUUGUACCUCUUUCUCUCAACUUUCCCCCCUUCUCCCAGAUUAAUUGAUGGGAUCAACAUUUCCAUGGAAGAUGAGCACAUGUGGCUCAUUCCGUUCAGCCCCGGAGAAGCUCACGUGGUCACCAUCCAUUUCACGCAGGCGGAGAGCGUUGCUGGGCUUCGCAUCUGGAACUAUAAUAAAUCUCCCGAGGACACCUACAGAGGGGUGAGCGGAAGUCCUGGGCAAGCUCCCAGAAUGCACCACACUUCCCCUGGAUGUGGCCACAUGCAGCAAAGGAGGUGCACCCUGGGCACCUUGAGAGCAUCCUGGGGCAAAGGGGGGCCUUCCCACCCCCCUCCUCGCACUCUCGGCAGGAGCCAGGAAGGCCAGAGGCCCCGGCUCCUGACUGCUUUCCCUGCAUUUUCUUUUGCGCAGGCAAAGGUGGUCCACGUCUCCCUGGACGGCUGCUGCAUCUCCCCUCCAGGAGGCUUCCUCAUUCGCAAAGGACCCGGCAACUGCCACUUUGACUUUGCUCAAGAAAUCCUCUUUGUGGACUACCUGAAGGGUCCCCCAGUCAUGCCAGUCUGCGAACGGUGAGAGUGGUGUGCCCUCCGGGGCUCUGCGCCUACUGGCCUGUGCAUUUAGGAAGUCUGGUGCCCUCAGGCCCCUGACUUAUGUGCUUACCUUUUGGCAGAACGGAAGCGGUGAAGGCAGAACAAGCCAGCAUGGACUACGAGGCUCCCCUGAUGCCCUGUGGCUGUAUCCUUCUCUGUCCGGCCUGCCUGGCCCCCAGGCCCUGCCUGGCCCUCUGCCUCCAGGCCCUGUGAACUGGUUUGACUGGUGUGGGAGGGGGAGGAGGACCCUGGCACGGCAUAAACGGCCUUGGGAUUUCUUUUGAAAUGAAAGCAGGUGUGUUUGCAUUCCUUUAAUCAUCAUCACCAUCUGUACUGUUUUGUGGUGUCUCGUUUUGUAUUUUGCCGUUUGAACUAUGUUCUGUGUUUUCUUUGUCCCCUGCUGUGGGAGGCCAAGGCCCAAGAGAUGGGAUGCAAACAUUUACAAUAUUUCCUCAACGUCCUCCAUCAGUCAUUUUCCAGUUCCAGCUUCUUACAAGUUGGGGUGAUCCGUAUUACAUCGGUUUGAAUGGGCUGGAGCUGUAUAAUGAACGCGGAGAGAAGAUUUUCCUCAGUGAGAACAGUAUCCUUUUCAAGGAACAGCUGGAAUCUGGCAAAAGCUGCACUGUAGAGGAGCCCCCACAAAUGAAACACCUUCUGGGGGGGAUGGAGGCGGGCAUUCAGCUGGAAUUAGAGUCAUGAGGAGCUGAGCAUGUGCAAAUGGGAGUUUUGUGCAAGCAGCUCUUCCCCUAAUCCCCUGCCUGAUCUGCCCCAUUUCUUCAACUCAGGACCAGAACGGGGCCUCCACCAAUAUUGGCCAGAGGUGCAAUAUGUCCUAAUUUAAUUCCAGUUGAGGGGGGGCGGGGGGGGCAAGAUUCUCAAAUGACCAGUGAUGGCCCUCUGGGCAGGAUUUGGCUGACCUCCUUCUGGGUGGCAACAGCUGGCAGUCCCCAUUUUGGCCACUAGCUUUUGCCACCUUUGCUUCCUUGUGGAAAGAAGCUUUCCUGAGGUUGCAGCCUGGCAUUAAAUCUCGCAUCCAAGGGAGCAAGGUUAAGAUCUGGUGGGCAGCCUGUGCCUUUUCCUGGGGAGGCCAGCUUGUAACACGUUUGCGCAGCAGACAGCUUGGACGUUGUGCUUGACAAAGCGCCCUUCAGACAUUGCGGCUUUCCCAGACAGCGUCAACAUAUUGGAAGGCGUCUGCGGAGACGUCCGAACGCCAGACAAGCUCAUCGAUGGCGUGAACGACACGACCGACGGGAGGCAUACGUGGCUUGCGCCCAUUCUCCCUGGCUUGGUAGGCCUCCUUUGCAAUUCUGCCCGGGCUCCUUUCACAUCAGUGCCGUGUGAUGCCUCGUGCAGCCAGGCACAUACCUCCGCAAGCCCUUUCUAAAGUAAUCAGCAGCUGUCUUUGUAGCUUUGGGCAUGUCAAAGCCCUGGAGUGGGAGCUCAGCCCCAGGCUGUCCCCUGCAUCCUGAGUUUAGGGGCAAAGGAUCUCUGUAGCUGCCUGCAAAGCUGAUUCGCCAGAAGUCAGAAUAAGGGAUCAGCCUUCCCACCUGUGCCAAGAAGCAGGCAGGGGUGCCAGGAAAGAGCCUGCAAAGAGUGACCUGCUAAAGGACCCCACCCCCCGAAGAGGAGGAGCUGGCCAGGGAGUUGCUGUUGUGAUUAGGACUGGGUGAUUUCUGGUUUUCAACACUGUGAAAACCAGCUAAACAUUGUGAUUAUACUGACAUGUCACAGAAUGUCUGAAAAAUAAGGAGGGAGCUAUGUAGAGGGCCUUGGCUGUCUUCACAGUUUUUCCUGCAUUGUGAUUUUUGGCAGCACCCGCUCUUGUGAUUCGCUGCCCCCUGAAGGAGGAGGCAAGAGCAAAAUUAACAGGGGCUGCAGGACUCAAGAGAAGCCUGGGCUGGCUUCACAGUUUCCCCUACAUGGUGAUUUUUGCAUAGUACACACACACAUGCCAAGAUUCACGAUAUAUUGCCAGGUCAAAAAUUAUGAAACCGAUAUAAUGAUAUGGACUUAAAACCAGUUUUGGAUGAUCUAUUUCCCAGCCCUAGUUGUGAUGGAGCCGUGAGCUUUGGGCUUGGCAACCCUUUCUGUCUUUCAUAACAGGUUGCUAGGAAGAGGUUAUGCAGGCAUCUCACAACUCCUUUUAUUCUUUUCAAACUAUCUGGAAUUUGGUUUCCAGGAUGAGCAAGAAAUAUAUUGGCUCUGUGUCUUUCUCCAUGUUGGCUACAUGAAUUCUGUCUAAUUUGCGCCUCUGUGUUGUUGCUUCCUUUGGCGGCAGGUGAAUCGCGUAUAUGUCAUCUUUGACUCGCCUACGACAGUCUCCAUGAUUAAGCUGUGGAAUUAUGCAAAAACUCCCCAGAGAGGAGUCAAAGAAUUUGGAGUAAGUGAUAGCGCCCCAGAGCAGCUCAUGAACCCUCUUCUUGUCUCUUUGAGGGCCUUGUGUCCCAUUACCACCAUGUAUUUACAGGACUGCCUCUCCUGGUCUGCCCCGCAGAGGACUUUGAGGUCCACGAAUAACCAUAGUUUAGGGGUCCCGGGCCCCAAGGAAGUCAGACUAUCCGCCACCAGGGCCAGGGCGUUCUCAGUGAUGGCUCCGACCUGGUGGAAUGCUCUGUCCCAUGAGACCAGGGCCCUGCAGGAUUUAACCUCCUUCUGUCAGGCCUGUAAGACAGAGCUAUUCCGCCUGGCCUUUAAUUUGAAUUCAGCCUGAUCUUUUAUUUCCCUUCUCUUUCCUCCCCCUCCCCUUUUAUGAAGAUUCCCCACUCUGGGACCACACAGCUAAUUCUCCCCUGGCCUCCUCGCUGGCCCAAGUAGGACUAAUUCACCCAGCUAGUCCUGGGGAUUAUCUAAUGCUUAUUGGAUGGAUUUCCCCCAAACUGAUUUUUGAACUUUGAAUUUUAUUGUUAAUCAUGUUUUUAUACUGUAUUUUAUGCUGCUUCUAUAUUGUAUUACAAUUAAGUGUUUUAAAUUUGUUGUUAGCUGCCCUGAGCCCGGUUUUCUGAACCGGGAAGGGCAGGGUGUGAAUAAAAAUUUAUUAUUUAUUAUGUCCCCCAACUGGUUCAAACUGACCCUCUCAGGCCAGCCUUGGCAUUGCUGGGCAGAAGGGUCUCCCAUGGCAGAACCUCCUUGCAGAAUGAACCUUCUAAAGCUGCUUCUGUUUUUAGACUGUUUUCAUUUAUCUUAUGAGAUUGUGGCUUGUUGUUUUUUAAGUUGUUGGAUGGAUGGGACAUAAUUAAUGUGUUUAUUUUGGGCAGGGGGGAGCUCUCCUCCUGUGAGCUGGUGGAGCUGCCCUUCUGCAGAGAUUCAGACUUUUGGUCUUGCCGCUCACAGACACGGACUGCUGCAGCCCAUCCCCAACUUGGUGCCCUCCCACAGUUCAUAGACUCAUAGAUUUGUAGGAUUGGGAGGGAGCCUGAGGGUCAUCUAGCCCCACCUUCUGCAAUGCAGGUAUCACACCUAAAGUACUCAUGACAGGUGCUUCUUAAAAGCACCCAAGGAAGGAGAGUCUUGGACUGCAUCUCCCUUCCCCUCUGCUGGUUGGGAUGCUGGGAGUUGAAGCCCCACAGCUUUGGGAGAAUUUAGCAAGUGGGAGAAGCCUGGUCUCCUGUGCUUGGCCGCAGCUCUUCAGGACCCUCCUGAAGGCGAGGGUCUCUCUCCUCACCAGAGAGGCUGCCAGGGACUGAACUCCAGGCCUGUCUGCUCAGGGGCUCCUGAGCAAAAAGCUCGGCCUUCUCUGAGACUAGGAUUACUUGGAAACUGCCCUGUAAGAGGCAGCGGAGACCAUGAGAGUGCAGCGUGGAGCUGGGUUUGAGGCUCAGCCUGUUGCUGGCUGGCUGGCAGGCAGGCCAGGCCUUGGGGCUGGAUGCUCUGCUACCUGCUCAUCUCCCUGCCCUGGAAGCCCCUCCUUCAGGCCACCUGGUACCUUGACCCUCAGGUGGUGAUGUGGGGGAAGAUUAGGGACUCUUCAGUCUUUCCCACUUGUCAGACUGGGCUCUUUCCUUCUCCUGCUCCUCCUCUUCCUGCCCAGCUCCUUGUUGAUGACCUACUUGUCUAUAACGGGAUUCUGGACAUGGUGAGCCACCUGGUCCACGGCAUCCUCCCGACCUGCGACCCCGUCGUCCCCCAUCACACCGUUCUCUUCACGGACAACGAGAAGAUCUGCCGCCAGGAGAAGAACUCCGUCAUCAGGUAAGCCAGCCUGCCUGCGUAGCAGCUGGCAUGGAAAGCUCUUGGCCAGCUUUGCGCCCAAGUCGGGCACCUUCACUUGGGCACCUUGAAACAGCUCCCCUUUGGGACUGAGGGCACCUUCCUCAGGGGCGGCAGCAGCCCCUCAUCUCAUCAUGGGUCCCAGACAUGGACCCCUGAGAAGGGACCUGUCUCUCCAUCUUUGAGCAACAGCUGUCAUUGCCUUUGUUUUCAACUAGUUCCACACCCCCAAAUGCUUGUUCUUUCCUCCAGCGAAAGGAUCCGCAGUCAGUGGCUUCUUGCCUGUAAAAGAGUUGGCGCUUUGUGUCCGGGGAACUGUCCCGUCCCCCCUGCCACCUUGGCCACCCUCUGGUUAAUUCACUGUUCUGAUCCACUUCCUUCCUGCCUGUGGCCAGCCUAAAAGCUCAGCAGGGCUGCAGUCGAGGGAUUUCUCUCUGGGUGGAUAUAAUAAGAAAGCAAAACCCUCUGACAUAAAGGCCAGAUGAAAGCAAACAACAAGGAAUAAUCUAAUUUGACAAGCAUGUUCUGGAGAGGGUUUCUCACUGAGCAUCUCUGGGGCCAGAUAAUCCUCUGAUGCAGGAGCGGAAAGGCUGUCGAAAGCCAUGGCCAGCGGCAGCGAGAGGGAGGGGAAGGGGCCCCAAAGCCAUCUGUCUCUGGAAGCAGCGCCGCUUUCACCAGCCCCAAAUCAUGUUCCGGUUCCUCGUUCAGAAUUACCCAAGGCUGGUGUCUGUGCAUGUGCAGAGGCACAAGAGGAGAAGGGGGGGCUGCUGGCAAACAGGGGCAGCUCUGCAUGUGAUCUCUGGGGUAGGGCAGGGCAGGGGGCACCUGGGGGGCUAAGAGCAAAGCCUGCAUAUCAUCCCUCCCAGAACUGGCUGGGGGGCGGGGGCUGGGAAAGGGAGGUCUUGCCUUCCCUUGCUUGCACCUUCCACUCUUUCCCUUUCUCCACCCCCACCAGCUUUGCGCUUCCUGGCAUGAUCGGAGUGGGGAGGGGUAGGGAGGGCAGAGGAGGGCCUCUCCUCUUCUCUGGCCAACAGCGGCAAAAGAGAGAUCAGGAAGCUCCCCACAAACGUCUUAGGACAGAGGCCAAAUGAGGCGUGUGCUCGCUUUUUCUUUACUACAUAGCAAGUUGCUGGGAUGUCUCUCUCUCUCUCUCUCUCUCUCUCUCUCCCCCCCCCCCCACUCUGGUUCCUUCUGCAGCUGCUCUUUAGUAAAGAAGAAGGCCCGUCCCCUGAUCCGCGGCUGAAAGGUGGCCAACGGGCAGAUUCACUACACCUGCCCCCCACUCAGCUGCUGGACUUCUAGGGGAGCCCCUUGAACUUCAGAAGAGCCUGCUAGAUCAGGCCGGGGGGGCACAGCUAGUCCAGCACCCCAUUCUGUCUCCCCGUGGCCAACUAGAAGCCCACAAGCACAAGAGCAACUCUCCCCUCCGGCGGUUUCUGGGAGCUGACCUUCAGAAGCCUUGCUCCUCAGGGCCGUUGCAAGCCCACUCCUCUUUCUCCUCCUUUUUCUCUUGGUCUGACAGCAAUUACAUAGAAGACCAGGACGUGCGGAUGAUGAAUGAAAACCAGAUCAUUUCCUAUUCGAAGAAGAAGCAGGUGCCUGCAGACCCAGGUGGGUUCCUCUUCUGGGGCUCCUCGGACGAGGGAGGGCAGCCCGCGGGGGUCUUUGCAGGGAGCCAGAGGCCACGCUCUCCAGGCGCUCCCCUGGCCUCGGCUGCCCUCCCUUCGUGGGGGGUGGGAGCUGCUCUGCUGUGGCUGCUCAGCCUUUUUAGGGGAGGGCUGAGAUUGCUGCUCCCCUUGACCGGAUCCCUGCCCAGGGAGAGGGCCCUCUGCAGGCUCUCAGCCCAGAUCUCUGAGGACCGGCAGCUGCUCGCACAGCAACAGCAGCACAUGGCCCCCAGCAAAGCAGCCCCCUGAGGGCUGUUUCUGCAGAAAAAAGGUUGCUUGCUGGCUGGCUGGCCCCCUCUGGUCCAGAUUGGUCGGCCUUUGGGGCUGAGGCCCUCGAGGUCUCCUUGCCUGCAGAGGCAGCGUCAGCAUCUGAAAGGCCCCUCUCUCCCCUUCUCCCUCUCCCAGCACUUCGCCCUAAGACCUGCAUCCAGGACAAAGGAUUGCUGCGGAGGAUGAGGCAGUGACGGGAGGAAGACACGGAGCUGGCUCUCGCAUGGCUAGCCUUGGGCUGCUACUCCCCCCACCGCCCCACAGAGAGGGGGCACCGCCUCGCCUCCUCAGGGCCAGGGCCGAAACCCCCAGGACUGCUUUUCUCAGCUGCAGCUGCAUUAAAUCUAUUCCCUGAGGCCCCUGUAUGCUUCAGCCAGGAGAGGCUUGGGCAGGGCCACUGCUGCAGAGAGACGCCUGGCCAAGGCUCCCGGUGGCUCCCAGGCAGAGGAGCUGCCACAGCCCCAAUUCAGGUGCGGAGGGGGGGGGAGUGAAUGGCCAAUGUGAAGAGGUGCAGUUAGGAGGAGGGGGCAGCUGGCAGCCAAGGGGACCCCUCUCCCCCCACCCAGAUCCUCUGUGCUGCUUCUGACACUUGCAGUCCGUCCUGCCCUGCCCUGAGUGUGCCACAGAUAGGACACAAGGGGGCGAAGUGGUCAGAGCAGUGCCUUCUGCCCCCCACUCCCAGGCUUCCCAAGCUCUCUGGAAAAGGAGGCGGGAGCCACAGCCCCCCAAAUAGGGCCGGAAGGAGAGAGUGCCAAUCCAUCGCGGCAAGAAGCUGCUAUGCAGCCCCCCUGUUUCUAACGCUGGGCUGGCCAGGAGCUGCAGCCACCCCAGCCAGAUGGGAGGGGGGGUGUCCCUGGAGCUGAAGGGGGCUCAGUGGCACAAUUCACCAUGUCACAGAUCAGGUUGCCUCCACCUGUCCCUCUUUCAGGCCAUGUAUCUGCUCCCCUCCCGUCGCCCCCCUUCCUGCCAUGCUGUUUUGUUAUUACAUGGUUGCCUUAUGAGCCUGGCUUUCUGGUGGAGUCUGUGGGGUUGUUUUUAGCAAGCUGGGCAGUGGGCUUGGAUGGUCGAAGGGGGCAGAGGUGGGGGGCUGGCUCUGUCCACUCACUCCUGUGCUGUGAGGACAGGUCCUAGGGGGCUAUCAUGGGGUGGGGAGAGACUGGAAAGCAAAAAUAACUGGGCAGCCUCCUGAGGGCACCCAACCCUUCAUCUUGGGGCCGUGGCAACUUUUUGCAGCCAGUUCUUCAAGUAGCUCCCUCUGCCUCCUGCAGUGCCAAUGGCCCCCUGUGCAGGGCACAGAGCCAGGCCAAGGUGGGAGGGCAGCCUUUCUGGAGGGAGGAGCAGCCUCUAAAGGGCUCAGCUGCCCUGGUAGCUAUUUUUGCCCAGGGGGGGGGUCUAGGCUAGAUGAAAAGGAGCCUCGUUUCCUAGUAAGUCCUCCUUGUGGGGAUCUGCCCCACUUCCCAUCCUUCCAGCCCCUUUCCACAAGAGGAAGAAAAGCAGGGCUGCCUUCCCCUCAUCUCCCCUGGGGAGGGGGGAGCACAAGAUCCCUCUCAGCAGCGGAGGCAAGCAUGGAGCAGCGCUGCCCCCCCCGCCUUCCCCCCGCCCCCCGCAGGCAGCAUUGGGGGAAAUGAAUCAGGCUGACAUUUCUAUUAGCAACCAGCGAGGAGGAUGCGUGAAGGAGGAGGCUGGCUCUGGCCAGGAUUAUUUAUCCCAGUUAGGGCUGUCAGGAAAGUGAAAUGGUAGUCAGUCAGCCAUGGCCAGAGGACGGGCAUUGCCCUCCCCCCCAAGCACUGGCUCUCUCUCACACACAUCCCCCCCCCCAAGUUGGUGGCCUUUGCAGAAGAAGAAGUCGAGGUUCUCUUGGUGCUUUGAGCCAUCCCACCUUCCCCGAGGGCACACAAACGCAGCCAGGUCAUGUUUGGCUGCCCCUUAAUCCCCCCCAAGUGCCUGUUGUGUAAGACUUGGAGGCCGAGUUUGCGGCGCAGGCAGUGAUCUGUAAGUGCCGACAGCCAGCUAUGGCAGGGAAGACCAGAGAGAGAGAAGGGGGCCAGAUGCAUGGCUGGCCAAGGCCGUGGCCCCCUCUUACGGCCCCCCACAGGAGAGCCUUGCCCCAAAGAAGGGGUCAGCAUCUGCCAAAGCUUCCCCCACAGCAGGACACACCAUCGCCUUGAAGCAGCUGCACAGACUGCAGCGUCCGAGGAUGGAAUCCCUGAGACUGCAACACAAAAACCUUGACUAAAUAUCAGCGGCACAGAAAGCAGGAGGCAACUUUUUAAAAAACAAAACCAGC